AUGGAUACUCAACAAGUAGCUACAGCACCCAUCCUAUUGGGAAACAAUGAGGCGUCUGUGUUCAAUCAGCCUCUACAGCAGCAGCAACAACCAUCUGAAAAGUCCAAUCUUCGUCAUCAACUCGACGAUCUCUUGUUUGGAUCGGUUGCUGGUAUGAUUGGUAAAUUUGUUGAGUAUCCCUUUGAUACCAUCAAAGUAAGACUUCAAACGCAACCUCUGGAUCAUCCUUAUUUCUCGGGUCCUUGGGAUUGCUUCAAAACCACCAUGAAGCAAGAGGGACUCAAGGGCUUAUUCACUGGUAUGUCAUCUCCGUUGGUGGGAUCGAUGGUGGAGAAUGCAGCUUUAUUUGUUGGGUACAGACAAGUGCAGAGAGUCAUUAGAGAUCACUAUGCUACUGAUGAAGAGCGUGAAAAGUACCAAGGACUGCCUGAAGAUGAAUUGCCUCCGUUAUCCAUGAAUCAAUUGUUGGUGGCAGGCGGAGCCUCAGGAGCCAUUGCAUCCUUCAUUCUAACACCGGUUGAGCUGAUCAAAUGCAAACUGCAGGUGCAAUUAGGCAGCCACGCUGUUACUCAUGGCGUGCACUUCAAUGGCCCCUUUCAUGUCAUUCGUCAUGUCAUGCAGACACAUGGAUUGAGUGGAUUUUACCGAGGAUUUGUCGCUACUCUGUUGCGUGAGACUGGAGGUGCUGUAUUCUGGUUCGGAUCUUACGAGUAUACCUGUGCCCAAUUCAUCAAAUAUAGAGAGCUCAAGACAGGGGAAACAGUGCUCAAAAAGGAUCUAUCUCCAUACGAAUUGAUGUUGGGCGGUGCUUUAGGUGGUAUGGCUUAUAAUGCCUCCUUGUUCCCUGUAGAUGUGAUAAAAUCUCAAAUGCAAACUGAUGAACAGCUCAUCGCAUCCGGUGCUGGACAACGUUCGUUCUAUCAGACAGCCAAAUCUCUUUAUCAAGAAGGUGGUUACAAGGCAUUUUACCGAGGAUGUGGUAUUACUGUUGCCCGUAGUGCGCCAACCUCAGCGAUUAUCUUUUUGACGUACGAGCUACUUUCUCGCCAUUUUGGUUAA